AGGUGCGCUUCCCAACGCCCUGGCGUGGGCCGUUUUCUUUUGAAGAAUGAGAAUGUUUCAUUGAGGCUACGCCUCCUGAAUGCAGGAAGGCCACGGGAUGGUCCCAAGACUGUGCCAAGGCGUGCCAGGCCUCGGGUCCUUGAGGAGCAGCGAGGGCUCUGAGAACGCCCCUGGCGAAGCGGUGCCGCCUCCAGCCCAGAGAUGCCACCAAGAUGCCUGAGAGUGCUUGGAAGUUUCUCUUCUACCUGGGCAGCUGGAGCUACAGUGCCUACCUGCUGUUUGGCACCGACUACCCCUUCUUCCACGACCCACCAUCUGUCUUCUACGACUGGACGCCGGGCAUGGCGGUGCCGCGGGACAUCGCAGCCGCCUACCUGCUCCAGGGAAGCUUCUAUGGCCACUCCAUCUACGCCACGCUGUACAUGGACACCUGGCGCAAGGACUCGGUGGUCAUGCUGCUCCAUCACGUGGUCACUCUCAUCCUCAUCGUCUCCUCCUACGCCUUCCGGUACCACAAUGUGGGCAUCCUUGUGCUCUUCCUGCACGAUAUCAGUGACGUGCAGCUUGAGUUCACCAAGCUCAACAUUUACUUCAAGUCCCGCGGUGGCUCCUACCACCGGCUGCAUGCCCUGGCAGCAGACCUGGGCUGCCUCAGCUUCGGCUUCAGCUGGUUCUGGUUCCGCCUCUACUGGUUCCCGCUCAAGGUCCUGUACGCCACUUGUCACUGCAGUCUGCGCGCGGUGCCUGACAUCCCCUUCUACUUCUUCUUCAAUGCGCUCCUGCUGCUGCUCACCCUCAUGAACCUCUACUGGUUCCUGUACAUCGUGGCGUUUGCAGCCAAGGUGUUGACAGGCCAGGUGCGCGAGCUGAAGGACCUGCGGGAGUACGACGUGGCCGAGGCCCAAAGCCUGAAGCCCAGCAAAGCCGAGUGAGUGUGGAGGGGCCCGCACCCCACGUUCCCUCCUUUAGUGUCGCCUGUCCGAGCAUGCUCAUGGGCAGGCCCCCAAGACCCAGCAGCAGAUGAGGCCGACGCGGAUGCUGCCCCCCAAGCCUACUCCAAAACAGAGACUGCAAUAAUGACGUGGACAAUGUGGCCACUACCCUGAAGGAUAGGACAGUGAGGAAGGGGAGGGAGAGGCUGGGGAGGGGCAGGCAGGGUCUCAGCAGUGGGGACAUUGAGGGCCAGGCCUAGUGGCUGGUGUGGCUGCAGUGGACGAGCUGGGGCCCUGUGGGUGGUGAGAAGUAGCUGUUGGCCAGGCUGGACGACAUCCUCCCACCCAUGUCCCCACUGGAGCCGGUGGCAGUGGGGCUGGGGAGGAAGGAAUGCCCAGGGCCGCAGAGGGAGCCCAGGCUCCAUCUGGGCUGAGACUUCCUGGCCUCCGAGUCUGGCAGGGGAGCCCACUGCCCAGCCAAACAGGAGCUGGGGCUGGGAGCUCGGACUCAGCCCAACCCAGGAGUCCUGGGGAAGGAGA